AUGCGGCUGAACUUGCCCCGAGCCUGUCGGCCGCAAUACAUACGGUUACAGACUACUACACCUUCCAGUACGCGGCGGACCUACGCGUUCCAGGCCCCAGGCGGCGCCGUCUUCAAGGUCUUCAACAGCCGCUCAAAAUGGCAGCAGAAGGAGCGGGCAGCCGCCAAUCCAGAGCUCAGCCGCCAGGCCGACUAUCUCAAGGACGAAGUGGCCAUGCGCGUGUGUGAACGCUUACUGGAUAUCAAACGGCACUUCCCUCGCGUCCUCGACCUCGGCGCCAACUCGUGCAACAUCGCGCGCGCCCUAACGCGCGAGAACCCCGACCCGGACCCCGCCACGCCAACGUCCCCCCCACUCUCCAACAAAAUAAUCUCGCUCAUCGCCGCCGACUCCUCAGCCACGCUCCUCCACCGCGACGCCUCCCUCCCCUUCAACGACCAGCUCGACCUCACGCGGCAAGUCCUCGCCGACGACGAGACCCUCCCAUUUGCCCCCGCAUCCUUCGAUAUGGUCCUCAGCAGCCUGUCCCUGCACUGGAUCAACGACCUGCCCGGUGUGCUGGCGCAGAUCAACAACGUGCUCAAGCCGGACAGCCCCUUCAUCGGGGCGAUGCUGGGCGGGGACACGCUGUUCGAGCUGCGCACGUCACUGCAGCUGGCCGAGCAGGAGCGGCGCGGGGGUAUUUCGCCGCAUGUGUCACCGCUGGCGGACGUGCGGGAUGUGGGGGGGUUGUUGGGCCGCGCAGGGUUCCAGAUGCUGACGGUGGAUGUGGAAGAUGUGGUGGUGGAUUAUCCGGAUACCUUUGCGCUGAUGCAGGAUCUGCAGGCGAUGGGGGAGGGGAAUGCGGUGUUGGGGAGGGAGAUGGGUGCGAUUGGGCGGGAUGUGCUGCUGGCGAAUGAGGGGAUUUAUCGGGCGUUACAUGGGAAUGAGGAUGGGAGUCUGCCGGCGACGUUUAGGAUUAUUCACAUGAUUGGGUGGAAGGAGGGGGGUAAUCAACCCAAGCCAUUAAAGAGGGGGAGCGGGGAGGUGAGCCUAAAGGAUAUCUUGGAGGCGAAAUAG